CUGUCUCUGACUUCGUAGGCAUUUAACAAUGGACCCCCAGGAGGACGACGUGCAACCCCCCAAACAGCAGCCAAUGAUAUAUAUCUGCGGAGAAUGUAACACAGAAAAUGAAAUAAAAUCCAGGGAUCCAAUCAGAUGCAGCGAAUGUGGAUUCAGAAUGAUAUACAAGAGAAGGACUAAAAGAUUGGUGGUUUUUGAUGCACAGUGA